AGGAAAGAUACAGAUCAUGUCCAGUUCUGCACCAUCAGUCGAGGAGAUCGGCCAUCGCUUGGGUGAUGCCUACCGUGGUUUCGUCAGCAGGUUUUCCAAAGUCCCCACUGAAUCCAAAUUCGCAGUGAAGGGGACUCUAACCCCUGAGGAGUUCGUAGCAGCUGGUGAUGCUCUGGUGACGAAGUUCCCGACUUGGCAGUGGGCUCCAGCAGGGAAGGUAGCCUACGAACAAUCCCAUCUACCUAAGGAAAAGCAAUACUUGAUCACGAAAGGAGUACCGUGUUUUGCGAGGGUGAAGGAUCUCGAGAACAGCGUUAAGGAUGUCGCUGUGACGACUACCGAGGAUGAGGAUGGAUGGUUGCAGACAGGAGAAUCGCAUCCAGUUUACGCUGUUGGACGGGGCAACGCCUCUAGGGAAGAGGUCACUGACAUCACAGAUAGCGCUCAACAAGCGAAGACUGAGUCAUCAAAGGCCCCGACGAUGGUCGUGGUAGAGGACUAUGAUGAUGAGGAGGCCCAUGCCGCGAUCUCUGCACUAGACAGUUUGAUAGCCCCUCAAGGUGCCACACCAGUUGUGGUGCCUCCCCCUGAUGAGGACCUCAGGAGGAGCUAUGAUUUGAGCAUUACUUGGGAUAAGUAUUACCAAACUCCUCGGCUGUGGCUGUCUGCUUUUGAUCGAUUCGGCCAACCAUUGGCACCAGAGAAGAUCUUUGAGGACGUUUUGACGGAGUAUAGGAGUAAAACUGUGACAGUGGACCCCCACCCCUGCACUGGCAUACCAUGUGCGUCCAUACACCCUUGUCGGCACGCAGAGAUGAUGCUUAGAGUGAUUCGGAACUGGCAAGAGGCCGGGGAAAAGGUUCAGUCAGAGCUGGCUCUAUUAGUCUUUCUAAAGUUCAUCUCUGGAGUGGUUCCCACUAUUAAUUAUGACUUUACAGCUGACGUCACGAUGUAGGAUUUGUGUUCGCAUGAUGAUACUCGCUGUUUUACAUUGGGCAUUUUUAUCGAUAAUCAGAGGAUUAGAAACUCA